AUGAACUACAUAUCAACGCUCCUCACCCCAAAAGAAACCCUAACCUCCCUCCUCGCCCCAGAAAAAACCCUCACCUCCCUCCUCGAAACAGGCUACCUCCCACACGCCGUAAUCCGGCCAUACAUCCGCCGCCAACUAACCGAGCGCCUAUCCCUCAUCGCAUCCUCAUCGCUGGAAGAUGCAUAUGCGACGAAGAUGCGGUGUGUGGAGAUGUUGAGGCGUGGUGGUGGGGACUGUGAUGGGGAGGAAAUAUACGAGAUAGGAUCCGACAUACUAACAUAUAUUCUGGGCCCGCGGAUGAAGUUCUCAGCUUGUUUUUAUGAGAAGGGCGGGGAGACGCUGGCGCAGGCUGAGAUUGGCAUGUUGAGGUUGUGUGGUGUGAGGGGGGAGGUUGGGGGCGGGAUGGCGGUUUUGGAUUUGGGCUGCGGCUGGGGUUCCACAACCCUCUACCUCGCAGAAAUCCACCCCACCGCACACAUCACCGGGCUCGCCUCGUCCCCCGCACAGAAAACCCACAUCGAAACCGUCGCGCGGCGGAAGGGCUUGUCCAACGUGACUAUCCUAACCGGCGACAUCCUGACAUACGACUUCGCGCCUUCGUCUUUCGACCGCGUCCUCGCCAUCGAAAUCCUCCAACACACAACACACUACACCACCCUCCUCUCCCGCAUCGCCCUCUGCCUAAAACCCACGGGAAAACUCUUCCUCCAAACGCUCGCCCACCGCGACACACCCUACAUGCUAGACGCCGGCUGGCUAACAACGCACUUCUUCCGCGGCGGGCUGAUGCCGAGCGCGGACCUGCUUUUGUACUUCCAGGAGGGCGGGUUGAGGGUGCGGAAGCAGUGGUGGGUUGGCGGAAGGCAUUAUGCGCGGACGUGUGAGGAUUGGUUGGGGAAUAUGGGGAGGGAUCGUGAGGGGGUUUGGCCCGGGUUGCUGGAGGCGUAUGGGCAUGAGGGGACGGUUAGGUGGUGGAAUCGGUGGCAGGUUUUCUUUUUGGUGGGGGCGGAGAUGGGGGGGUGGGGAGGGGGGGAUGUUUGGGGGGUUUGUCAGUAUUUGUUUGAGAGGGGGGGUGGGUAG